AUGGGGCUCACACUUUCCACCUCCCAGAAGUUUGUUUACCGUCACCUUAAAGACUUUGUUAUUGAGCAUGGCCAUCCACUCGACAAAAAAUCAGCUAAAGCGCUCGCCAGGUGGUUAGACCGCCAAGGCUGCACGAUAACAGAUGACAUCGGAUUGGAAAGGUGGCAAGCCUUAGGCUACAACCUCUGGCGAGGUGGCGAUAAGGGCGACAGAACCGCUAAAGAAGCACUCAUAGCGUGGAGGCUUGUUCUGAUGGUGCUACAGCACCAAAUGAUGAACAAGAACAUCAGCCUCCCUAAAGAGAAAACAGAGCACACGAAUCAAGACACCGACCGCAAAGGCACACAAAAUGGUGGGCGGGAGAUGAACAGUGAGUCACAAGAUGGCAGGAGGGUGCGAAAAAGAGGAUCGCGACGAUCAAAAAAUGGCGUCGAGGAGGAGGGACCCCGGGACCGCGCAGAGAAAAGGCGGGAGGGAGAACCGCGUGAAAGAUCGGCGCGGGAAAAGAGGAGGCUGGCCCCUGUAGCUCCACCCUCUGGGCCACCUCCGUCUCCACCUACACGUCGCGUGAGAAGCCCCUCCCCCGACACACCCUCAACCACGCCUACUUCCACCAGUCCCAUCUCCUCCCCCGAUGUGUCGCCCUCCAGGAAGGGGCGGGAAGCAGUGGGCGGGGCAAGGGCAAAGGUCAAAGCUUCCUUCCACCAAGAUGGCCGCUCCCAUAGGCCGCGUACCACCAAGGCCUACCCCGCCUGCCGCGACUUAGAAUCUGAUUGUGACUGGGCGCCGCGCUCCCCUGAAAGGCAACUUACAGCUCCAGACAUCUGGAAAGCCUUCAGGGAGGAAGCAGCAAGCGCAAAAGACACUGAAUUCUUAAGAGCUUUCCCGGUGUACUUUGAAGAGGGAAAGGCCCCUGAAUGGAGGCCAAUCUCAUAUCCAAUGUUAAAGGAUAUUAAGAAAGCAAUCAUGGAAUACGGGUUGGGGGCUCCGUUUACUAUUGGCUUAUUGGAGUCCUUCUUCCUAGCUAAUACCCUCAUACCCUAUGACAUUCGGGCUGUAAUUGGGGAAUUGUUUACCACGGUACAGGCCUCCGUGUUUGAGGCUGAAUGGAAAAAGCGGAUUGUGACGUUUGUGAAUGAUAAAAUGGAGAGAAGGGGAAUCCCUGUCAGGCAAGCGGUGGACAUGCUUUAUGGGGAAGGGAAUUAUUCUAGCAGAAGGGAUCAAACUCGUCUCGACCCUAAAUUAUUAAAUGUAACAAAAGAAUUGGCAUUAGAAGCCGUGAAAAGAGUGGCUGAUGCAUAUGUGCAAACGCCCUCUUUCACUUUAAUUAAUCAAGGCACAAAAGAACCAUUCGUUGAAUUCAUAACUCGGCUAAAGGAAGCUAUUGCUAGGCAAGUCCACCAAAAGGAAAGCCAAGAAAUUUUAUUUAAUAAAUUGGUAAUAGAAAAAGCUAAUGAGGACUGCCAGCGAGUUUUAAAGAUGUUAAAAGAUCCCACUCUGCUAGAAAUGAUCGACGCAUGCAAGAACAUCGGAUCCCAUGCCCAUAAAGCAUGUCUGAUGGCUGCUGCCUUUACGGGUCCCCAACAUUGCUUUGGGUGUGGUGAGAAAGGGCAUUUCCGCAAACAUUGUCCCAAGCUAACAACAGAACCAGGUUUACCCAAGACUCUCUGUCGUAGGUGCGGGAAGGGACGCCAUUGGACUUCGAGCUGCCGCUCGAUGACCAAUGUCAAUGGCGAACCCCUUUCCCCUAAGAGGUCACCCAAAUUACAGAAAAGGGUCACUUUUUCCUCUCUGCCAGAUUUAAGACCGUGUUCAUGCGAGCCGUCGGGAAACGGGGAGCAGAGCGCCCAGGGGGGCACGAUGACACAAAUUGCCCCCCACUCGCGCUCCAUCCUGCGCCAGCCAUCGCGUCCAGCUACCCCGUAA